AAUGACAAAAAUACGACAGCCCAGCGACGCCAUAGACCAUGAUUCUUUUCGGGCAUCAAUCACCGGAAAACAUGGCGUCUCGAAUAAGAAACUCAAACUGGAAAGAAGACCAAGAGUUACAAGACUAUCUUGAGCGAAAUGUAAGACGUAAUUUGAAGCAAGAGGAGAUACUAGAUUUAGUACAAAUUCAUUAUCCAAUGUAUGCUUGGAGUAAAAGAACUCUUUCACGCCGGCUUCAACACUUCGGGAUCAAGUAUAUUGAUUAAUAUGAGAUCGAUGUGGAAGACGUAAAACGAGCAGUCACUAAAGAGAUGGACGGACCUGGGCGAUUACUAGGUUAUCGUGCUCUCCACAAAAAAAUCAAGGAAUUACAUGGUUUAAGUGUGCCAAGAAACUUGGUUUAUAACGUGAUGGCUGAUGUUUAUCCUGAAGGUCUCAAGCAAAGAGGAGGAGUAGGACAACMAAAACGAGCAAGAAGGAAGGGAGCAUUUGCGUCUAGUGGAUCUGAUUUUACAAUGUCUUUAGACGGCCACGACAAGCUUUGUGGAUUCCAAAACUCGACAUUCCCUCUUUGUAUUUAUGGAGCACAAGAUACGUUUAGCGGCAGGAUCAACUUUCUAAGAAUUUGGACAACUAACAGUGACCCUAAAAUCAUUGGACGAUUCUACUUCGACUACUUGUAUGAGUCCAGAGUAUUACCAUCACGAAUAAGGGUAGAUCGUGGAACAGAAACAGGAAUUAUGGCAACUAUCCACUGCUAUCUUCGAAAUCAACAUGAUGACUUAGAGGAUGAUACAGAAUGUGUGUUAUAUGGGCCUUCUACAGAGAAUAAGAUUGAGAGAUGGUGGAAAGAGUUGUUAGAACGAAUGGAAGGCUAUUUCAAAAGGCAGUUGUCUGUUCUGUUAGAGAAUGGUGUCUAUGACCCGAAGGAUCAAAAUGACAGGAAUAUGCUGGCAUAUGUCUUUGUACCAGUGUUACAGAAGGAGCUUGAUAUUUUCAAAGAAACUGUCUGGAAUAUGCACAGAGUGAGGAAACAAAAAAACAAGCUACUUCCAGUUGGCAUACCUGAACACAUAYACACAUGUCCACAGAUUUAUGGUGGUGAGAAUUGUGGCCAUCCUAUAACAGAAGAGCAGCUAAAGGAAGUUGCGGAAUUGUCAGGUGUCCUUGAGGACACUGAUGCCUUUUUGGAGGAGUCUUUUCAGCAGGAGUGUCAAAGACACAUAUCAAACACUGAUGACAUUGAGCCAUCACAGGCUUCUAAUGCAUAYUUAUUUUUGAGAGAUCAUUUUGAUGUAAAUAAGGUAAUGUCUUUAUAAACAUAAAGUUACAUGCAUUCUUACCAUAAACAUUGUUUGGAAAGGGGGCAAUGAAAAUAAAUUUUGUUUGAUGUGGACCAGCCCGCCCAAUAAAUAAUAAUUUUAUGUAGCCUGAAAUAGCCUGAUUGAAAUGUUUGGAUAUGUAAAGGGCAUUUGGACUUUUUUUAAACACUCUCAACUUAAAGGCACACCCAUGUGGCUGAUUGUUAGUAAAUGUUCAAAUCAAUAGUUCAGUAAUGGCAUAACUGUUAGACCUUUUCUCCCAGCAUCAUUGAGUUGUUAAUACCAUUGUUAUAUAUUAAACCUAAUUAUGUCAAUAAUUAUCAAAUAAUAGUUGAACAGUUUCUAAUGAUUGUUUCUUUAUUAACAAAAGAAAAUCUAUAACAGUUUAUAUCCAUAUAUUUUAACAGUCUGAACAACAACAGGCAACAACAACCAAACAUUCUGAAACAAUGAAUUUGUUUGAAAAAAUCUAUGUGAAUACUCUCAGGAACAUAAAAAUGAGAGCUCUAAACUGCCUUUGAGUACAUCUGUAGAUAGCUUUGGGAAGUAAUGAUCAAACAGUCUAAAAAGGUACAAUGUAUUCUAUAACUGACCAAUAUUGU